AUGUCUGCCAACCUGGACAAGUCUCUCGACGACCUCGUCGGUAGCCGCCGUCAGGCUCGCCGCCGCAGCAACAACCGCCGCGCCCCCGUCAAGCCUUCCGUUGGAGGCGUGAAGAAGUCUAAGCCUACCAAGGCUGCCCCCAAGGCGGCUCACCCAGCCCCGAAGGCUGCCCCGACUGCUCCUAGCAAAAUCAUUGUGAGCGGAUUGCCUGCCGAUGUGUCUGAGGCCAAUAUCAAGGAAUACUUCGUCAAGUCUGCAGGCCCUGUCAAGAAGGUGAUGCUCACCUACAACCAGAACGGCACGAGCCGUGGUAUCGCCUCGAUCAUCUUCGCUAAGGCCGACACCGCUGCCAAGGCCGCCAAGGAGCUUAAUGGGCUCCUGGUUGAUGGUCGACCUAUGAAGAUUGAGGUCGUCUACGAUGCCUCCCACGCCCCUUCAGUUCCUGCCCCUAAGCCUUUGACCGAGCGUAUUGCUCAAAAGUCUCAACCGAAGCCCGCCACUGCUGCUAAGGCUGCUAAGGGCAAGGGUAAGAACAACGCCAAUGAUAAGAAUGCCGCUGCUCGUAACACCAACGGCCGCGCCCGCAAGGGCCGCAAUCCGGGCCGUGGCAAACCCAAGUCUGUUGAGGAGCUCGAUGCUGAGAUGGUCGACUAUUUCUCCAACGAGAACGCCCCCGCCCAGGCUCAGGCCCCUGCCCCGGUUAAUGGCGCUGCUCCUCAGGCCGCCAACAGUGGUGAGGACCUCGGAAUGGCCGAGAUCUCUUAA